CCGCCCCCCGCUGGCGGUCAGAUAUGACGUCAUCAGCCGCCGCCAGACACAGCGUGACCGAGACAGGGUGGCGCUGUGUAUUCGUUGAGGAUGGCAGUCUCGGUAAUAUCCAAUGCAUUCCGCUUUUUGACCGUUUCGUCUGUUAGAUUUUCUGCUUCCCUCUGCCCUCAGGCAGUUUUACCACCGUUAUUGUGCUUACGAAACCUCGUCACUUCAUCCUGCCUCAAUAACAUCAAACCCUGGAACACUCAAACCAAGUACACAAUCAAUCCCAUUGGGAAGAAGAAAACGGGGGGGCGCGACCAUACAGGCCGGGUUCGUGUGCGUGGAAUUGGUGGAGGACACAAGCAGCUGUAUCGUAUGAUUGACUUUCAGAGACUGAACUAUGAGCUAGGCAAGGAGAACAUCCCAUUCCAGGAGAAGGUCAUCGAGGUCCGCUAUGAUCCCUGCAGGUCUGCAGACAUUGCGCUAGUUGUGGGAGGAAAGCGGAAACGUUGGAUUAUUGCGACUGAGAACAUGCAGGAAGGCGAUCUAAUCACCACAUCGGGGCACAUUGGACGCAUGGCAGUGUCUGCUAAGGAAGGAGAUGCACAUGCCUUGGGGGCACUUCCUGUGGGGACCCUCAUCAAUAACCUGGAGUUGCUUCCUGGAAAAGGGUCUCAGGUUAUCCGAGCUGCUGGGACAUGUGGCGUUUUACUCAGGAAAGUGAAUGGGACUGCGAUUGUACAACUUCCAUCCAAAAGACAAAUUCAGGUACUGGAAACCUGCAUUGCAACGGUGGGUCGUGUUUCCAAUAUUGACCACAACAAGCGUAUAAUCGGGAAGGCAGGACGGAACAGGUGGUUAGGAAUUCGACCAUCAAGUGGUCUUUGGAAGAGGAAGGGUGGUUGGGCAGGUCGUAAGAUCAAACCUCUCCCUGCCUUGAAAAGUUAUGUCAAGUUGCCCUCUGCAUCGGCAGCUCCUCGCAGUUAAUUUUAUUAUUUGUUUAGUUCGUGUUCAGCUCUAGAAGUAAUAAACAUUCUAAUUCAUAUAAGGGACACAUCUGAUCGUGCAGAGAAUUUCUCGAUUCUGCACUAAGGCUUUUUUUUUUUUUUUGCUUUGCUCUUUUGUUCCCAUUGAGUUAAGCAGGGACAUGUUUAUAUUCGGCUGGUCUUGACAUUCCGCUUGUAGGAACGUAUUUAGACUUAAGAGACACGUCAAUUAUCAGUGGCUUGCUGCCCCUAUCCGGGCUUCAAAGGAGCUUUAAAGACCUGGGUGCAACAGACACAACAUGGACCAGACAACUGUCACUAACAAGGAAUUCAAUGUCUCUCUCAAUAAAUAAAAAAAACGAGAUUA